GGUUUCUCUCUCCCUUGUAAGAGCACAGCUGCCUUGCCUGCCUGUCGCCUGCUGUUGCUGCUGUUCUGACUAGCUUUUUGCUGCCUCUUUGCCUCUCCUUUACUCUUUCUGCUUAGCUUCUUGCCUUCUGGUACUGCUCGCAGUAUGGAGACUAAUCACUCUGUACAGCUGCCAGGAGAGCCACAGUCAGCACCUCCGGGGGACAGUUCACCAUCACCCAGUCAAAAUGGCCUGGAGAAGCAAGGUGAUCAAGACCCCUCAUCCGCACUCCAAGCACCGUUGAAGGAGGCAGAGGUGAAACCUGAAUCAGGGGCUCAUGACAUCUCUGAAGAGUUGAAUAGACAACUGGAAGACAUCAUUAAUACAUACGGGUCUGCUGCCCGCUCCGCAGGCAAAGAGAGCUCCGCCAAGGCCAAGGAGCAGCCUGAGAACACAGAACCAGUGGACCACGAAGACGGGGACUGUGAGGAAGCCACUGAAGAGGCUGAGAGAGAACCCAUGGCUUCUGGAGAACCACCCACAGCCAAAGAGCCUGUCAGCAAUAAAGAGCAAAAAUUGGAAAAGAAAAUCCUAAAAGGAUUAGGCAAAGAAGCCAACUUGCUAAUGCAAAAUCUGAACAAGUUGCAAACACCUGAAGAAAAGCUUGAUUUUUUAUUCAAGAAGUAUGCUGAAUUGCUGGAUGAACAUCGCACUGAGCAAAAGACAUUAAAGCUCCUACAAAAGAAACAGAGUCAAAUCCAAAAAGAAAAGGACCAGUUACAAAGUGAACACAGCAGAGCCAUCCUCGCUCGAAGCAAACUGGAGAGUCUGUGUCGGGAGCUGCAGAGACACAACAAGACACUGAAGGAGGAAACCCUUCAGCGGGCACGGGAGGAAGAAGAGAAAAGAAAGGAGAUCACAAAUCAUUUCCAGAGUACCCUGACAGAUAUCCAGGGUCAGAUUGAGCAGCAGAGUGAGCGAAAUAUGAAGCUAUGUCAGGAGAACACAGAGCUUGCAGAGAAACUGAAAAGCAUCAUUGAUCAGUAUGAGCUCAGAGAGGAGCAUCUGGACAAAAUAUUCAAGCACAGAGAACUGCAGCAGAAGCUGGUGGAUGCGAAACUCGAGCAGGCGCAAGAAAUGAUGAAGGAGGCAGAGGAGCGACAUAAACGCGAAAAGGAAUAUUUGCUGAACCAGGCAGCAGAGUGGAAACUUCAGGCCAAAAUGCUGAAGGAGCAAGAGACAGUCCUGCAGGCUCAGCUCACCCUCUACUCUGGAAGGUUUGAAGAAUUCCAGAGCACACUGACAAAAAGCAAUGAGGUGUUUGCCACUUUCAAACAGGAAAUGGAUAAAACGACUAAGAAAAUGAAGAAGCUGGAGAAGGACACAGCCACGUGGAAAGCCAGGUUUGAGAGCUGUAACAAGGCUCUGCUGGACAUGAUUGAAGAGAAAGCAUUGAGAGCCAAAGAAUAUGAGUGCUUCGUGAUGAAAAUUGGGAGGCUAGAGAAUCUCUGUCGAGCUUUACAAGAAGAGAGGAACGAACUCUACAAAAAAAUCAGAGAGGCGAAAAUGCCUGAGAAGGAUGACCAAAGCCAGCACAGCUCCGACGAAGAGCCAGAGUCAACGGUUUCUGUGGGUGAAGAGGCUGACACAGAGAACCUCAACAGUAUUCACAAUGCUGUGAAAAACCUGGCCACAGCCUUCACAGUUAUCCAUCAUUCAGCGUUGACCCUUGACCGGUCCAAAGAAUCCCAACCAGAAUGCAGCAGUCCGCAAGGGGGCAGUGACGCAGCCCUGAGGGAGCCAGAACAACCCUCUCUGAGCUCUUCUUGCCAUUCAGAGAGUCCCCCAGUUCCCCUACCUUCUCAGGCUGAGGUUGAAGGAGGCAAGGAGGCAGAGCCUCCCCCCAGGGCCAGUAAUCUCCCUGUGGGGUCUGGAGCAGAGCCCCAAGACCAGGGUCUCCCCACUGGAGUGCUGGCUCAUCAGCAGCCCCUUCCAGAGGCAGAAGUUUCCGGGCAGGCCCCAGAGUCCUCAGUAGAGGCCUUCCCAUGGGGGACAGAGGCAAAUGGUCCUGCUCUACCACCCCCAGCAGGUGAGCAAUUUCCAGCUGGGGUGCCUGGGUGGGAGCCCAGUAGGCAGCCUCCAGAAGCAGUUGCAGCAGCAGAGGGCCUUCCAGAAGGGGACUCAGCUGGACCCCAGCUGCCCAAAGUGGCCGACACCAACCUGGAGGGAGUGGACUAAGCCUCAUGGUGCCUCUGGAGGCCGUUCUUCCUGACUUCAUGUCUUCAUCAUGAAAGACUGUCUUCUGAAAGAGGCAUUAAGAGUUAGGGAUGUCUAAUGGAAGAGACUUAAUUAGAAUCAAAGCAUUUCUAAAUGUUAUGCAAAGCACAUUCAGCCUUUGCUAUUUGUUCUCAAUUUAUAACUGAUUCGGAGCUUUUCUAUUUAACACUGGUUAAUAGUAUAAUUUUCCCAAAUGGCAACAAAGCAUGGUAAUAGAAAAUUUAUAUUAAUCUGCCAUUAAGAUGGUACUUAAUUCAAUUUGUUAAUCAACAGUAAGAUUGGUAUUUAAAGACUUCCACUAUAAUAUGUGAUGUUUUAUUUUUAUUUCCAUAUAUAGUUUAGUAAGUCCAUAGUGAGUAAAGGAUAUCCAGGUCCCAUUUAUACAUUACAUACAUAAAAUAUACACAUGAAUAUGUGGGUAAAUAUAUAUGCAUAUGUGUGUGAAUGUAUACAUGUAUGUGCUUAUGCACAUACAUACACAUGUGUACAUGUGUGCAUACAUUUACAUACAUUUCUUUCAUCCUUUUAAAAUUUCUCUCAUGCAAAACAUUUAGAUGCUAAUCAAAACAAGUAUCUUUUACUUGCUCUUGGGACUACUGGAGAUUAACACUCUAUGAUUCAAGAGUAUGUUCAGAACACAAGUAUCUAGGCCAUGCAGUGUUCGGUAAAAAUGAGUAGGCCAAUGGUAGGUCAAUAAAUUCAACCAAUUAAUCGAAUGACGGAACAGCAGUUGGGCUAGAAGGCAAGUCCGUGUAAAGCGCCCAGACACAAAGAUGAGCACAGCCGGCCCUAAAGAGGAAAGGGGAGCAAACACAGCUGUAGACAGCUCACUUCUUCCAGCAGCAGCUUCUACUCCACUCAGCCCACUGCCUUGCAACCCAGCUUACUCGUGGCUUCCCGCAAUGAAAGGGCUGGAAGUGGGAAAAGGGGCUAGGGCACAGAGGGACUGAGGGUCCUCAGGCUAAGAAGCAGCUCUGCUCAUUCAUCCCCUGCCUCUUGUGCCGCAGAGGUCUUGAGGCAGUUUGCACACCCAGCCCAGCCAACCCCGCAGCUCCCUCGCUGUCACCUACCACUCUCUCCAGAGGGCUCCCACCACCUCUUCCCGUCACUGUCUCAUGCUGUAUCCUCAAAACAUCUGCUCCUGCUUUCCAGCAGGAAAUUUCAAUUUCCUGCCCACAUUUCAAUUAUUGCUAAGUAAAAGCUAUUAUUUUUCCAAAACAGGGUCUCAGUAAGAGUGACGAGGCUAACAAACCAACACAUUUUCUACUUUGAGGAAUUCUCUACUGCCAGAAGUACAGAGCAAAGGACAAAUGGAUCCCUACUCAAAAUGACUGGAAAAAUAAGUGAGGAUUCAGGAGAAGGCAAAAGCCUGAAACACCGGGGGUUGUCUAUACGAGUAUUACAUUAUCAUGGCUCGACAAGAACCUCCAAUAAUAGUGACAGCAUAAAUUACUCUACCUAGGGUAAAAGGAGGCUGCAGCAAGGAAAUGGGAAGGAAGAGAGGGAGGGAGGAGGAAAGGAGAGAAGGAGGGAAGAAGGAUGGAAGAAAGAGAAAGAGAGAUCUAACCCAGCCCUACCUUAAAAGUUGAACUCAAGUAGAAAAA